GCGGGAGAACCUGCCCUUUUUCUUCCUCCUUUUUUGUUCAAACCAGUUACUUUUUUUUUAUAUUUUUUUUGGAAACAACUAUCCUUGAUAAAAUGGAGGAUGUUCAUAGUCAAGUCAAAGAACUUCAAGCAAAAAUACAACAUAAUACACAACUUUUAGAAAAGGCCAUUCAACUACGUUCCAUGCUUACUGACCAAAAUGCCCAACAACAGUGUGAUACUCAAAUUAAAGAAGCUCAACGUUAUAUCGACUAUUUUACCAACGAACUACAAAAAUUACAACACAAAAUUACUCGUUCUUCCACUCAAUCAAGCGUGUCAAGUCAAGUUCCUCCUACUUCUGAUGACGCCAAUGAUAUGUCAUCUCAAGAAAAUUAUCAAUGGUUGUCUAUGCCUUCUGAAACUGGUUCUUCUUCAACUACUUCUCCUAUUACUCCUUCACCUACUUUGACACAAUCUCCCAACUCGGCUUUCUUUCCUUCAUUGGAUGGUUUGGUAGGUGAAACGAACAACAACAACAACAACAACAACAACAGUACCGACAACACCUCUGUGUUACUCGACUCAUCCCUUUCAGUCAAUGAUAGUCAUUAUAGAAAGAAAUACACCAAUUUAGAUUUAUUAAAGGCUGAUACGCCUAUCAACCGUGCAAAAGUAUCACUCAAGUUACACGAUUUGGAAUAUAAAGUGGAUGUGGAAAAGAAAGUACAAAUGGGAAUUAAAAACUUAUCACAAACGUAUAACCCUCAUUCAUCAGCUACCACCGAACGAAGGAUUAAAUCUGAAAUUCAAGAAAAACAAGCCGAAAGCAAUGAAAAAAUGUCCCUACUUACAACCGCGGUUAGGAAAUACAAAGAUCUUUAUCUUGGUGAAGAAGAAGAUGUAGAUAGUACUGAUGAUAUCAAAAGUAUGACCGCCGAAGAAAUCUUAGAAAAUGGAUCGAAUAGUAGAGCUCCUGCUGGGAUGCGACGACCAGUCACUGGAAAAUUACAACUCAAAAUUAUUGAAGCCAAAGAUUUAGCACAUGCACCAACAAGGAUGUUCCGUAUUCGACAAACUGUGGUCAUGGUGAAAAUAGACGGCAGCACGCAGUGUCGUACACGUAGCUCAAAAGUAGAUAAGUGGACGGACGCAUUCGAAAUGCAUGUGGACAAGGCAACAGAAUUGGAACUUUUGGUAUACGAUCAAUCUGGUGAACGCACACUUCCUAUUGGUUUACUUUGGCUCAAAAUAUCUGAUAUUACUGAAAGCUUACGAAAACAAAAAGUGGAUCAAGAUCAACAAGAUACCAACUGGGUUUCUGCAGAUGUGGCCCAACAACAUCGAGAUCCUACUUGUUCUAUCGCAGUCGAUUCAACUUUAUCAGUGGAUAAAUCCAAUAACAACAACAAUAACAGCAGCAACAACAACAACAACAAUAGCGACCAUCUCCCAAAUAACUCUUUGAAAAACAGUGACAUGACACUUCAACCUUCUUCAGAUGGAAUACAUGCUUGGUUUGAUGUUGAACCUGUGGGAAGAAUAUAUCUUCAUAUCAACUUUGUACGAGAAGCUGGUAAUCGACGACCUAUGGAUAAACUUGGAAGAGCUGGUGCUGUACGUGAACGAAAAGGCGAAGUGCAUGAACUGAAUGGCCACCAAUUUGUGACAAGAAGAUUUUAUCAUAUUAUGAAAUGUGCUUUAUGUGGUGACUUUAUGACGAAUUUGACAUAUCAAUGCGAAGAUUGUGGAAUGGCAUGUCACAAGAAAUGUUUUGCAAAUGUUGUCACCAAGUGUGUAUCUCGAAAACAAUCUGCUAGUCAAGAUGAUGCAGAUGCUCUUCGGCAUCGGAUCCCACAUAGAUUUGAAUGGCUUACAAUUAUUGGUGCUCAUUGGUGUUGUCACUGUGGCUCGAUGUUAUCUUUGGGUUUCCGUGGCGCUCAAAAAUGUUGUGAAUGCGAUAUUGUUUGCCAUACAAGAUGUGCUCAUCUUAUUCCAGACUUUUGUGGUAUGACUAUGGAAACAGCUAACCUUAUGCUUAGUGAGAUGCGAGCAGCCAAUAAUCGGCGUAGUCAACUUAUUGAUUUACCAAGGAACAGUACUACCGUGUCAGGUCAACUUCAGAUACAAGGUCAACCAAUACGCGAGGAUAGUUUUUACAAUAAUUCACUAGCUUCCGUUGGAGAAGUAUCAUUACCAACUUCAUUAUCUGCCAUGCCUCCUCGGUCAAAUACAGCUCAAGGUCGACCCUUUUCUGCUACUUUUGAUUCUAGCUCGUACCAAUCCAUCUCUGCUUUAUUUGGCAAUUCUGAAGCAUCUCUCAACAAACGUUUCUCUCAACCACUAGUGGCAAGAAAGACAACCCCGGUACAACUUAGUCGUAGAGUGGGAUUGGAUGAUUUCAAUCUUCUUGCUGUUUUGGGAAAAGGCAACUUUGGAAAGGUGAUGCUAGCAGAAGAAAAAUACACCAAUGAACUUUAUGCUAUAAAGGUCCUGAAGAAAAGAUUCGUCCUUGACAAUGAUGAAGUAGACAGUACUCGAUCAGAAAAACGUGUAUUUUUGGUGGCCAAUCAAGAACGACAUCCAUUCCUUGUAAGUUUACAUUCUACUUUCCAAACCGAAACAAGAAUAUAUUUUGUGAUGGAAUAUAUUAGUGGUGGAGAUCUUAUGAUGCAUAUUCAGCGUGAACAAUUCUCUGAAAAGCGCGCAAGAUUUUAUGCUUGUGAAGUACUUUUGGCUUUGGAACACUUCCACAAACAUGGUAUUAUCUAUCGUGAUCUCAAACUGGACAACAUCAUGCUUUGCUUGGAUGGUCAUAUCAAACUGGCAGAUUAUGGUCUUUGUAAAGAAAACAUUUUCCAUAAUAACACAACAAACACAUUCUGUGGAACUCCUGAAUUCAUGGCACCUGAAAUUUUACUGGAACAAAGAUAUGGCAGGGCAGUGGAUUGGUGGGCCUUUGGUGUGUUGAUCUAUGAAAUGCUCCUGGGACAAUCUCCAUUCAAAGGUGAAGAUGAAGAUGAAAUCUUCGAUGCUGUGUUAGAAGAUGAAAUCCUAUAUCCCAUUACCAUGUCAAGAAACUGUGUAUCUAUUUGUCAAAAGCUUCUGGAACGAAAUCCUGCUCGACGACUAGGAUCAAGUAAAUCAGAUGGACAUGAAGUACGACAACAUGUUUUCUUUUCUGGGAUCAACUGGGACGAUGUACUUGCAAAGAAGGUUCCUCCACCCUUUUUACCGACUGUAGCUGGCCGUGCUGAUACUUCCAACUUUGAUGAAGAAUUUACUCGUGAAAUACCCAUUUUGACUCCUGUCAACGCUAUGCUCACUCAACUAGAACAACAAGAGUUCACAGGUUUCUCAUAUGUUGCCAAUUGGGCUAUUGAUUCUUAGUUAUUAUAUCCAUAGUUUAUUUACUGUUUUUUUUAGUAUAUUCCUCCAAUACCUUUACAAACAUACAUGCAUACACACACUCAUAUAUCAUCAUCAUCAUCAUCAUUUAUUAUUAUCUUGUCAUCUAUUCAUAUCUAUAUAUUUCUAUAUAUAAGAAUCAUUUGAUACACUUUAAUAAAGGCAUUCAGUAC